AUGUUUGAGUGCAAGAUUGCAUCCACGCCUAUUAAGUGUCGUUUGCGCUUGAAGAAAGGAGAGGAAGCCGAGCGUACUGAUAAACCGUACCGAGAGUUAAUCGGAUGUCUUACAUACGUGACGUUGACAUCAAGGCCGGAUUUAUGUGCAGCUGUUAGCUAUCCCCUUCAGUUUCAGAGUUGCCCUACAGAGGUGCAUUGGGUGCAUGCGAAGAGAGUACUGCGUUACAGUAGAGGAACGUUGGACUUAGAACUGGUGUUUGCUGUUGAGGAUUCGGUUCCAAUUUUGGAAGCAUUUGCUGAUGCGGAUUGGGCGAACGAUGCUGUUGAUAGACGUUCGCUUACUGGAUAUGUCUUCCGAGCAUGCGGUGCAGCUGUAAGCUGGUUGACCAGGAAACAAUCUACCAUCUCGCUGUCGUCCACCGAAGCGGAGCUAGUGGCGUUAAGUACUGCUGCCUGUCAUGGAAUUUGGUUGGUGCGUCUGCUGAAAGAUUUGGCGAAGGAGCCGGAGAGCCCCGUUGUGUACUACGAGGAUAACCAGUCUACAAUUAGAAUAGUUGAAGAUGAACGUGAUACUGGCCGAUUGAAACAUGUAGAUGUCAAACACCGAUUCGUACGUGAAGAGAUUCAGCGGGGGCAUGUAGCAGUUCGUUAUAUUCCUACUGGUGAGCAAGUGGCGGAUAUCAUGACAAAAGGGUUGCCGAUAAGUCUGUUCCUGAAGCAUCGAGCAAAUCUAGGCUUGGCACGUUCCGGAUAUUGA